AGAACAAACUCAACAGAGAACUCAAAAUGAAACAAUUCGUGGCUAUAUUCGCACUGGCUCUGGCUUCGGUUUCGGCCAGUUCCAUCCCUCAGCCGGGAUUCCCCAGCGGUCGCAUCAUCAACGGCUAUGAAGCGGCGAAGGGAGAGGCGCCCUAUAUCGUGUCCUUGCAGACCACAGCCAACUCCCACUUCUGUGCAGGAACUCUGCUCGACGAGGUGACCAUCAUGACCGCCGCCCACUGCCUGACCUACAACCAAGGCCAGGCAGUUGCCGGUGCUCACAGCCGCACCGACCGGGAAAACGUUCAGACCAGGAAGUUCACCAGUGCCCAGUACGUGAUCCACGAGAAAUACAGCGGCGGUGUGGGACCCAACGACAUUGGCCUGAUCCUGCUCAACGCGGAGGAUGCCUUUGAUCUGAAUGCCGUGGCCCGUGAUGGCAGCAAUCCGGUGGGCGCUGUAAGUCUUCCUUCGAAGACAUUCCAAGGUACUACCGAUGGAUAUCUGUAUGGCUGGGGCUACGACAACACAGGAGUGCUGCCGACGAACCUCCAGAAACUGGACGCCACCAUCAUCGACUACAACGCAUGCAAGGCAGCGUUGCCAUCCAGCAACUCGCUGGCGGACACCAAUGUGUGCUCCCACACCGCCGGAAAGGCCGACGGAUCCUGCAACGGAGACAGUGGCGGCCCCCUGGUCGAGAAGUCCAGCAGUGGUGCAGACAAGCAGAUUGGCAUCGUCUCCUGGGGAUACAUACCCUGCUUGACCACUACCUACCCUUCUGUCUACACAUCAGUGUCUUCGUUUUUGCCUUGGAUCGAUGAGAACCGUAGGGCGAAGUAGACAAUAGCCGACAUACACUUGUAUAUAGCCACUUAAUAAACGAACAUUCAAAGAAAA